GAUUCCUCUACACAGCAGAAUAAUAUAUGUGACAAAUUGUUGGCCCGUUCCGUUAAGCGUGCAGAAUGGAGGAGAUCGUCAACACCGAAAAGAAAGAUGGUCCCGAUGAAACCGACAAGGACACGACCAAGGCCAAGGACAAGGAUAAAGGCAAAGAUAAGGAUAAGGAUAAAAACCAAGAUAAGAACAAGGAUAAGGAUGAGAAGCAACGCAUAAGUGUCAACACAAACCUCAGCGUGACAAGGGAAUCCCUCUUGCGCAAAAGUCGACAGCGGAGCCUGCGGACGGUUUUCAAGGAACGCCCAUCCAAGUUAUCUACCGAGAGCGGCUUACAGAUUAAGACGGGCGCCUCACUAAUACCCGACCUGAAUCUUGUCAUAAAUCGAAUGCGCGCCAUGAAGGACGACAGCUUUGUAUACUUGGACUAUAUGCUGCCAAAGGAUAGCGAAUUCUUUACCCCGUACAGUCUACGUGAGGUGGAAUAUUGCAAUUUAAAUAUUUAUAAGCCCUACUAUACGGUAACCCGACAUGGCGUUACCUAUUGGCGCGUUUCCGAGAACUUCUUCACGCCGCUCAAUCAAUGGCAACAGGAAUUCCAGCAAUUCCUGAGUAUCAUUCAAAUACGCACCUUCUCCAUCUUCCGAUUGUGGAAGGGUUUCAAAGUGUGGGAGAAGACAAUAAAGUGGCGCAAAUUGAACUACGCCCGCAACCAUUUGCAGAAUAAUCUAUUCAUCGUUAUACCGCAAUUGGCCAAAGCAGUUCUUCGGAUGCGAUCCGACCUUGUUGUCCUGGAGCGGCUCAGCUUUGUCAAUACUGAAAAUAUCGAGGAAUGGCAUCCCUUCUACUUUCUGGAGCUCCAUAUGCGCAUCUACGAGCAGCUCAACUAUCUUUUCCAUGAAUUCCGAACUUUUGUGGGCAGAUCCUUAUACCGUUCAUGCACGGAGGCCAUUAUGGCACGUGGCUUCUAUCCAGAUGAUGAGAUCAAUUAUUAUCCAUCUGUCAAGAAAAUGCGAGAGGCGCACAGCUUUAUGGAUAGAGCGCGGAAGCGAGCCUUUUGCAAGACUUUAACCAACUUUCUCACCUAUUGUGAUAUGAUGUUGUAUCAAGCGCUCUAUCGUGUAACCAUUCAGAGCUAUGAUGAACUGCAUCGUGCGUUCGACGAACACUGCCAAGUGGCACCAACGGAAGCGGAAAUUACAUGUCACGAUCGCCUGGAUACAAAGAUCGAGAAACCUCGUCCACCCAAUGCACCACAAAGUCCAUUCUUUCUGGCACAGCUGCGUCUCCUGCCCGAUCGUAUUGAGGUGGAGCCCUUGGAGGAUGUAUUGAAACUGAUCUUCCAGCGUAUUACGGGUUUAAUCUUGGAAACUGUGUUAGACAUACCGCCCUUCACCACAGAUACGGAAUUUACCCAAUAUACAGCGCCAUCGAUCAUGGGCCGUCAGGAGGAAUGUCUGUAUACGACAGCGCCAGAAUUGACCUUUCUAUUGAAACAAGACGUCAAGUUCAAUUAUCACCGUAAAAAUAUCUUUAUGAUGAUUCGUUCUGCAUACGAUAUGGCACAUCUUUAUACGGCACGCUUUCAUUCAAUUCGGGAGAACUAUGAGAUUGAUGCCACCACAGAUCCUGAAGAUAUUAGUAGCGAAAGAGACCUCACGGCACUGCGCAACUAUUGCGAUCGUUAUUGCAACAAUUUAAGAGCAUUGGACGGUAUUCUAGAUCAUGUAUAUCUGGGUCUUUUGAAGUUGGGUCAGAGCGGAUUUAAGGAUGCGGUUACGCCUGUUUGUCAGCGCUUGCAAAGCGUUUUAGCCAUUUACUUACCACAACUGGCCGAGGAAGAGACUACGAAGCUAUAUGAGGAUGCCCAGGACUUUUAUGGACGCAUCGGCUAUGAGCCAGACACAACACUUCUAUUGGUCCAACACCUACGCUUCCUUGACAAUUGCCAUUUAGAGCUUGACGAACUAUUCCUCGUUAUUGACUAUAUACACGAUUUGUUGCUGAUCAUCAAGGACUUUAACAUACCCAUUGACGAUCAACGCAAAGAAGACUACAUGGACACCGAGGACUAUCUGAAUCGCACAAAAGAAACACUCUCCGAGAUAUUGGAGAAACGUCAGGACUUUAUCAAUCAGCUGGAUGAAGCUAUGCAGGACGAUAUUCGCGCUCUUAAGGAGGAUAUACACGAAGUAGCUAUCCAGGCAAUCGAAGAAUGGCUGCUCGAAAGCAAAUCAGACCGCAAUAAAGUUAAUAACAAACUAGAAGAUCUGCUGAGCCGGAUGAAUACGUGCCGAGAGCGAGCUGAUGAGCUGAUCGGAUACCAGAAGGAGUUCCGGAUUGAUCUCACCAUGUAUGAGGAGAUGGACGAGGGUUUCUACAACAUACGUCAACGACAAAAUCUAUACAAGACAUUAUUAGACUGGGAGGAGGCGCUUAGCACCUGGCUAGCAGCCGACUUUAAUACUCUGCCCGUUGCUGAAAUGUUGGACCUGAAUGCAAAAACCAUCAAGAACUGUUUGCAGUUCCAAAAGUAUUUGCCACAAAAUGAUAUAGUGCCCGUACUACACAAAUCUGCCGAAGACUUUAAGGAGAAAUUGCCAGUUAUUGGUUAUCUACGUAAUCCCAAUCUUCGUGCGCGCCAUUGGACGGAGAUUGAGGAGCUGCUGGGGCGCAAGUUCUUUCAGGAGCCGAACAUCAAGAUUUCCACCUAUGAGGAGUCACACGCCUUCGAUGACGAAAACAAUGCCGAGAGUCUUAUGCAAAUCUCCUCGCAGGCAACUGGAGAGACGCAGUUGGAGAACAUGCUCAAGGGCAUUGAGACCAUGUGGAAAGAGACGGAGCUCUUCAUUGUGUCGCAUCAUGAUCAGAAGGAUGUUUUCAUUCUAGCCGGCACCGAGGAGUUGCAGGCGGUUUUAGAUGAUGCCAAUGUCAAUAUCAAUACCAUUGCCGCAUCCAAAUUCGUGGGGCCCAUCAAAGCACGCGUGGACGAGUGGAUAACGGCUCUGGACCAAUUUGGCAAGACUUUUGAGGCUUGGAUGGAUUGCCAGGGCGCUUGGAUCUAUUUGGAGGCAAUCUUUGCCUCAGCUGACAUACAACGCCAGCUUCCUCACGAAGCCAAAAUGUUCAAUCAGGUGGACAAGAACUUUAAAGAAAUAGUGCGUCAUGCCAAGAAGGUGGCUUUAGCUCUACCCACCAUGUCUAGCACAGAGGUCUACGAUAUGCUGGUGGAGGACAAUCGCUUACUCGAUGCUAUAUCACGUGGGCUGGAAGCCUAUUUGGAAGUAAAGCGUGUGGUAUUUCCCAGAUUCUACUUUUUGUCUAACGACGAGCUGCUCGAAAUUCUCGCCCAGACGAGAAUACCUCAAGCUGUGCAGCCGCACUUGCGCAAAUGUUUCGAUGCCAUCUAUCGCCUUGAGUUCGGCCAGAAGGAAGGUGGUGAUGGCAAAAUGAUAGCCACAAAUGAUAUAAUUGCCUUCCUAUCGCCCGAGGGCGAGAAGCUACAGUUCGGCAAAGGUCUAAAGGCGCGAGGAGCCGUCGAGGAAUGGCUCAGCAAGGUGGAGGACGCGAUGUUUGUUUCUGUGAAGCGCUACAUGCGCUUUGGCUAUCAAUGCUAUGCAGCCAAGGAUCGCGACGAAUGGUUUCAAGAUCAUCCCAAUCAGAUUGUACUUACUGUCUCCCAGGUACAAUGGGCCGCCGACAUUCAUCACAUCUUCGAGGCCAAAGAUGCAACAGCGGUCAGCAUCGUUGACAAAAUGUCCAAAUUUGAGGUGAAAUGUCUGCAAGAUCUUGGCGCCCUGGCGGCCCUCACACGCAAAAAUAUUACAUCACUAUUAAGAAAGAUCCUCUGUGCGCUAAUCACGAUCGACGUCCAUGCCAAGGACUCAGUGCGCAUGCUGAUCGAAAAGACUGUCUGCAGUCCUAACGACUUCAAUUGGCUGAAGAUGCUGCGCUUCUAUUGGGCCGUCGAGACCGAGGCGGUUUUCUCUCGCAUGGCCGCUGCUAAUAUACCCUAUUAUUAUGAGUAUUUGGGUGCUGGAGGUGUGUUGGUGCUGACACCACUCACGGAUCGCUGUUACCUCUGUCUGAUGGGAGCCUUUCAAAUGGACUUGGGUGGUGCUCCCGCGGGUCCGGCUGGUACGGGCAAAACGGAGACCACCAAAGAUUUGGCCAAGGCAUUGGCGAAACAGUGCGUUGUAUUUAAUUGCUCGGACGGUCUCGACUACAAGAUGAUGGGUCGCUUUUUCUCUGGCUUGGCACAAUGCGGCGCCUGGUGCUGCUUUGACGAGUUUAAUCGCAUUGAUAUCGAGGUGUUGUCUGUGAUUGCCCAGCAGUUGAUUACCAUACGUACGGCGAAGGUCAUGAAAGUAAAACGUUUCAUGUUUGAAGGUCGUGAAAUUAAGAUCAAUCACUCAUGCUGCGUCUUUAUAACCAUGAAUCCGGGUUAUGCUGGCCGAACGGAGCUACCGGACAAUUUGAAAGCACUCUUCCGUCCCAUAUCUAUGAUGGUGCCUGACUAUGCACUCAUCUCUGAGGUUAUUCUGUACUCGGAGGGCUUCGAGGAUCCCAAGAUAUUGGCACGCAAAAUGGUGCAAAUGUACCAGCUGUGCAGUCAGCAGCUCAGCCAACAGAAUCACUACGAUUUCGGUAUGCGAGCCGUCAAAUCUGUGCUGGUAAUGGCUGGCGCUCUGAAGCGAGCCGCUCCCAAUCAGCGAGAGGAUAUAACACUUAUAGCCGCAUUGCGUGACUCGAAUAUACCCAAGUUCUUGGCCGAUGAUGCUGUACUAUUCCGUGGCAUACUGAGCGAUCUGUUUCCGGGUGUCGAUUUGCCCGACUCGCAGCAUCCUCACUUAGAGGCGAGCUUGCGAAUUGGUCUACGACAAAAGAAUCUACAAGCAGUGCCAACGACCAUACGAAAGUGCCUUCAGCUAUAUGAGACAAUGUGCGUGCGUUGGGGCGUCAUGACAGUGGGUCCCACGGGUGGUGGCAAGUCGGUGGUGCUGCACGCACUGGAGUUCGCGUUGGCCCAUCUGUUCGAAAAUGAGGUGCCAGAUCCAAACUUUCGACCCGUUGUCAUACAGACAAUGAAUCCCAAGGCAGUUAGCAUGAACGAGCUAUACGGCUAUGUGGAUCCCAAGACCUUGGAGUGGCAAGACGGUCUACUAGGUCUUGCAGUACGCGUGGCGACUCUAGUGGAGGAGGAAAUUCAUCAGUGGAUCAUGUGCGAUGGCCCCGUAGAUGCUGUGUGGAUUGAGAAUUUGAACACUGUCCUCGACGAUAAUAAGAUGCUGUGUCUAGCUAACUCUGAGCGAAUCAAGCUAACAGCUUGGAUACACAUGCUCUUCGAAGUGCAGGACCUGCUGCAGGCUUCGCCAGCCACAGUUUCUCGUUGCGGCAUGGUGUAUGUUGAUCCCGGAGAUCUUGGCUGGAUUCCGCUUGUUGAUACCUGGCGCGAAGUUGAUAUGGGCAAAAAGCUAAACGCAACUCUAUCUGAGUUUCUUUAUCAGCUCUUUAUUGGUUACUUUGAGAAGGCGCUAAAGAUCGAACGUAAACGCGCCUCCUACACCAUACAUCAAGUACUCGGCUCCAAAGUUCGGCUCUGCUGCUCCUUGAUCUCCUCACAACUUGAGGGCGUGAACUGGCACUCAAUAGGCGCUGAGCCGGCCAAGAAUCUGCUUACAAAGAUCUUCACUUGGUGUGUGCUCUGGGCAAUUGCGUCCAAUUUAAAAGAUGCGGAAAAACUAUCGUUUGAGGACUUUUGGGGCAGGGCCAUGGCCGUGCAUCCAAAUAUGGACAUGCCCCCACGCUCCUUGUGGAACUACCGUGUCGACUUAGAGAAAAACGAUUGGGGUAACUGGAAUGAAAUAAUGCCCACGUUUGUAUUUAAUUCGGAUAUAUCCUACUAUGAUAUGCAGGUGCCAACCGUGGAUACCACUAAAUACGGUUAUGUGGCUGAUCUGCUGUUCAAACGCAACUUCCCUGUCAUGGUUACCGGGGAGACGGGCGUAGGCAAAACUGUGCUGGCCAUCAGCUGCAUGAAGCGACUCGCCGAGGGUAAGGUCAUUCCUGUGGUGCUCAAUUUCUCGGCUCAAACGAGCAGCAUGCGCACACAGGAAAUGAUCGAGGGGCCAUUGGACAAGCGUAAAAAGACGCAGCUGGGGGCGCCAGUUGGCAAAACGGUUAUUAUCUUCAUUGAUGAUGUCAAUAUGCCCAAGCUGGACACCUAUGGCAGCCAGCCGGCCAUAGAGCUGCUCAGACAGUUCUUGGACUUUAAGGGCUUCUACGAUCGUGAGAAGCUGUUCUGGAAGGAUAUACUGGAUGUGGUGUUGGGCUGCGCUUGUGCUCCUCCAGGUGGUGGACGCAAUCAGUUGACGCCACGUUUUGUGCGACAUUUUGCGCUCUUUUCGCUGCCCAAGCCCAAUGAGGAGACACUAUCGCAAAUCUUCAACGGCAUCCUGAUGGGCUUCUUGCAAACGUUCUCGUCCGCCAUUCGCGCGCUGUCAGAGUCGAUAGUUAACGCCUGCGUGGAUGUCUAUAUGCGUGUUACGCAAGUAAUGCUGCCCACACCAGACCGCUCACAUUAUAUAUUCAAUUUGCGUGACUUGUCGAAGUGCAUACAGGGCAUAUUGCAGGCGAAUAAUAUGUACUACAAUUUGGAGAAUCAGGUGUUGCGUCUGUUUUACCACGAGACGACACGCGUCUUCCACGAUCGUCUCAUCAACUUGGAGGACAAAGCGAUCUUCCGAAAACUGAUGCACGAUGUGUGUUUAUAUCAUUUCAAUCGGGACGUCGUCGGACUCGACGAGCCUCCUAUCCUCUUUGGUGAUUUUAUGGUCUUUGGCAAGCCGAAAAACGAGCGCAUUUACGAAGAGGUCAAGGAUCAUGUCAAACUUGAGAGCGUACUCAAUGAUUAUAUCACCGACUACAACUCUACGGCGGUGAGCAAGUCUAUGAAAUUGAUACUUUUUCAAGAUGCUAUGGAGCAUACGGUGCGGCUGGCUCGUCUACUACGUAGCGAUCGAGGAAAUGGCUUGCUAGUGGGUGUUGCGGGCAUGGGCAAACAAUCCCUGACCCGACUGGCCUCGCACGUUAACGAAUACAAUUGUUGGCAGAUUGAGAUGAGACGCAACUACGAUCUCAAUAGCUUCCACGAGGAUCUGCGCGUUCUCUAUCGUAUUGCAGGAAUUGAUAACCAGCCAGUUACAUUUCUGCUGAUUGACAGCCAAAUCGUUGAGGAAGAAUUCCUGGAGGACAUCAACAAUAUUCUCAACUCUGGCGAGGUGCCAAAUCUGUUUGAAGGCGAUGAGUUUGAAAAGAUUAUACUGGACGCCCGUGAAUCCUGCAAUGCUUCCAAAAAGGACGAGAGCUGCCCACGCGAUGAGAUAUACAAGUUCUUCAUCAAUCGUGUGAGAAACAAUCUGCAUGUGGUCAUGUCAAUGAGUCCAGUGGGUGAUGCAUUUCGACGACGUUGCCGCAUGUUCCCUUCGCUGGUCAACUGCACCACCAUCGACUGGUUCACCAGUUGGCCCACUGAAGCCUUGUACUCUGUUGCCCUAGGACUGCUCACAAAGAUAGCGCCCAAUUAUAACGAAAGGGUGGCUCUGGCUAGCACCACUGUCUUUAUGCAUAAGACUGUCGAGGAUGCCUCUGUGCGUUUCUACAAGGAGAUGAAGCGGCAUUACUAUACCACACCCAGUAGCUAUCUCGAGCUGCUUAAGCUCUACGAGACUCUGCUCAAGAUUAAGACACAGGAGAUUGUAGCCAAGCGCAAGCGCAUUGCCAGCGGUCUUAACAAAUUGCUGGAGACAAAUGAAGUGAUUGCGGUAAUGCAAAAGGAGUUGGAAGUUAUGGUGCCUCAGCUGGAUGAGAAGUCGGCCAUGAUGAAGUCCUUGGUGGAUAACCUAACCAAGGAGACCAAACAGGCGGACGCUGUCAAGCAAGGCGUCAUGGAGGAUGAGGCCAACGCUAAAGAGAAGGCAGCCAUUGCCCAGGCCAUAUCCGCAGAUGCCAGCAAGGAUUUGGAGACGGCCAUGCCAGCGCUGCGCGACUCCGAGGAGGCACUCAAAGGUCUCACAAAGGCCGACAUCAAUGAACUGAAGUCGUUUACUACACCGCCAGCCUUAGUGCAGUUCUGCAUGGAAGCUGUUUGCAUUUUAUUGGGCGCAAAACCCACUUGGGCAGCAGCCAAGGCCAUUAUGGCAGACAUUAACUUUAUCAAGCGGCUCUUCGAAUACGACAAGGAACACAUGAAGGAUGACGUCGUCAAGAAGGUCAAAAAGUACAUCGAUCAUAAAGAUUUUGUGCCCGCUAAAUUUGAGAAAGUAUCCAAAGUAGCUAAGUCUGUGAGCAUGUGGGUCAUUGCCAUGGACAGUUUCAACAAGGUCUACAAAGUGGUUGAGCCAAAGAUCAAGCGAAAAGAGGCAGCCGAAGCGGAGCUCAAGGAAGUCAUGAAGGUGCUACGCCAAAAGCAAAAGGAGCUCGCAGCUGUCGAAGCCAAGAUUCAAUCGCUACGCGACAGUCUGGAGGAGAAACAGCUUGAGUUUCAGGCCAUACAGGACAAUGUGGACCUCACGUAUGGUCGUAUCAAUCGGGCCGGAAGACUCACCUCUGCUUUGGCCGAUGAACAGGUUCGCUGGCGUGAAACUGUGAAGUCACUUACGGCUGACCUGGGCUGUGUACCUGGAGAUGUGCUGGUCGCUGCUGCCUGUGUUGCCUAUUUGGGCGCCUUCUCCAAUCAAUAUCGUCGCGAUAUGAGCCAAAUGUGGGUGGACAAAUGUCGUGAGUUCACCAUUCCCUCCAGCAAGGAGUUCAAUUUGCUUAAGGUCCUAGGCGAUGCCUACGAGAUGCGUCAAUGGAAUGUCGACGGUCUGCCCAAGGAUAACAUAUCCAUUGAAAAUGGUAUCUAUGCAACGCGUGCCUUGCGCUGGGCCCUCAUGAUUGAUCCACAGGAGCAGGCCAAUCGCUGGAUACGCAACAUGGAGAAAGCCAACAAUCUACAGGUCAUCAAGAUGACAGACGCCAGCAUGAUGCGGGUGCUAGAGAACAGUGUACGGCAGGGUAACCCAGUGCUGCUAGAGGAAAUCGAAGAGACCAUAGAUCCCUCACUGCGUCCAAUACUUCAACGCGAGACGUACAAGUCUGAGGGACGGGUCUAUCUUAAAUUGGGCGAUCAAGUCAUUGACUAUGAUGAUAAUUUCAAACUGUACAUGACCACAAAGCUGCCCAAUCCGCAUUAUCUGCCCGAGGUUUGCAUCAAUGUGACAUUAGUUAACUUUUUAGUCACCGAAAGCGGGCUCGAAGAUCAGCUGCUGGCCGAUAUUGUAGCUAUCGAGCUGCCAGUCAUGGAGGCUCAACGCAACGAUUUAGUGGUCAAGAUCAAUGCGGAUAAGCAGCAGCUGCUGGCAUUGGAGGAUAAAGUGCUCAAGCUUCUAUUCAACUCUGAGGGCAACAUCUUGGAUGAUGAGGAACUGGUUGAAACACUAAAUGAUGCCAAGGAAACUUCAUUGAUCAUUGCGGCACGUCUCAUCGAUACAGAGGAAACUGAGAAGAUUAUAACGGCUUCGCGUGAACGAUAUCGCAUCCUAUCGUCUCGUGGUGCCAUUCUCUACUUUGUGGUCGCUGGCCUUGCCGAAAUCGAUCCCAUGUAUCAGUACAGUCUGAAGUACUUCACGCAGGUCUUUUGUAAUGUCCUACGUAUUGAUCAUCCUGCCAUGAGCGUAGAAAUGCGUAUCUCCACAUUAAUGGUGGAUGAGUUGAGGGCUAUAUAUGACAAUAUAUCGCGUGGCCUAUUUGAGAAUCAUAAAUUAAUAUUUAGUUUUCUACUGGCAUUGUCUGUGGAACGCCAGGAAGGUCGCGUUACUGAUGAAGAAUUUGGGUUCCUAACGCGUGGUCCUGUUGGCGCAGUGCGACCCAAGGUACAGCCGCCCGGAUUGAAAAUUAGCCCGUUUCACUGGGAAGCAGCAAUUUAUUUGGAAACCCAUUUUCCGGAUGCGUUUUCAAAGUUCAGCGACGAACUGAACAUUCCGUUUUUUAUUCAGCUGCAGGACAACAGGGAAGAGUUUGAUUUUGCCCAGACCAAUGAGCCGCCCACGGACAAGUGGAAUAAGCGACUAAAGAACUUCCAAAAGCUCAUGUUUAUAGCUACUUUCCGAAAGCCUCGUUUCGUACUCAAUGUCGUUAGUUACCUGCAUGAGACGGUGGGUAAAUACUUUACAGAAGUCUCCGCCGGGGGCACACAGCUCAGCACAGUCUAUCUGGACACCUCGUCGAUAACUCCAUUGAUCUUUGUGUUGUCUACCGGUUCGGAUCCCAUGUCUGGUUUCAUUAAGUUUACCACAGAAAUGAAGUUUACGGAUAAGUAUUACUCGAUUUCAUUGGGCCAGGGCCAGGGUCCGCUUGCCGAGAGUUUGAUUGACAAGAGUUUGCGCUUGGGUCACUGGGUAUUUCUGCAGAACUGUCACUUGGCCACCUCCUGGAUGCGAAUACUAGAGACGGUGGUGCGCAAUCUAACUCUGGGCAUAACAAAGGCACACGCAGACUUCCGUUUGUUUCUCUCCUCCAUGCCCACCCAAUCCUUUCCAAUUAGUGUGCUGCAAAAUUCCGUCAAGAUUACCAAUGAGCCGCCCAAGGGCAUCAAGGCGAAUGUCAUCGGCGCCUUGAGUGAUCUUAAGGUAGACUUUUUCGAGCAUCACAUCCAGAACGGUAAGUGGCGUGCAAUCGUUUUUGGAUUGUGCAUGUUCCACGCGGUUCUGUUGGAGCGUCGCAAAUUCGGACCACUUGGCUGGAAUAUAACAUACGAAUUCAGUGAGAGCGAUCGCGAGUGUGGACUAAAGACUCUGGACUUCUUUAUCAAUCGUGAAGUCAUGGGCGAUAUACCAUGGGAGGCCAUACUCUAUAUCAAUGGCGAUAUCACGUGGGGCGGUCGUGUUACGGACUACUGGGAUCUGCGCACACUACGUACAAUAUUAACCAUCUUUUCAUCGGAGCGCAUUAUUGAGCCGGGCUAUAAGUAUUGUAGAGGCGAAACUUAUUAUAGAGAUCCUCAAGCCAAGACGCUCAAGGAGUAUGCAACAUUUGUGUUAGGGUUUCCAGUUUUAGAGGAUCCAGAGAUCUUUGGCAUGAAUCAGAACGCGAACAUUGUGUUCCAAACUAAGGAAACUGAGUUCUUUAUCAAUACACUACUGCUUGGUCAGCCCCGGUCCGCGGCCGAUGAGGGUCAAGCUAUGGAGAAUGAUCUCUGCCAGUCCAUCAUAGCGCGCAUACAGACAGCCCUAACCAACAAAAUUCAGCGUGAACCGAUACACGAUACUCUCUCCGUGAUGGACAGCAAGGGUCAGAUGCCAUCGCUGACAACAGUCUUGGUACAGGAGAUAGACCGCUUUAACAUUGCUUUGGGAAUUAUUCAUGACAGCUUGAUCAAUCUAUCGAAGGCUAUCAAAGGUCUGGUCGUAAUGUCUGAGGAUCUGGAGAUGGUGUUCCGCGCACUCUUGGCCAAUAUGGUGCCUGCGAGCUGGGCCAAGCGCAGUUUUCUGUCCGUUAAGCCGCUGCCCAACUACAUUGUGGACUUCCAGCGACGCAUCGACUUCAUUCAGCACUGGGCAGAGAACGGUGCACCACGCUCCUAUUGGAUCAGUGGCUUUUUCUUCCCACAAUCGUUCCUCACCGGCAUACUACAGACCUAUGCCAGACGUCGUGUGCUUCCCAUCGAUUCUCUGAAGAUUGAUUUCCAAAUAGUCGAACUGGAGCUAGUGCAGCAAGAUUUCUUUGAGCUGCACAAUGCACUUGCCAGUGACGCUCGUCUGUAUGGCAAUCUGGAGGAGUGCACGGAUGGGAUGAUCAAUGUGCACGGCAUCUUUGUGGAGGCCGCUCGCUGGGAUCUGAGCAUGGGUGGCUUGGCGGAUGCUCGCUUCGGUGAGCUAUACACGCGCAUGCCUGUCGUUCGUUUUUUUCCGUGCCUGGACGUUAGUCCCAUUGUGCGCUACGAGGCGCCUCUCUAUAAGACCCAACAGCGUUCCGGAGUACUCUCCACCACGGGCCACUCCACCAACUUUGUGCUCUCCAUAUUGUUGCGCAGUAGAAAUGAUCCCGAGUUUUGGAUAAUGCGCGGCACGGCCCUCGUCUGUGCCGUAAUGGAGAAUGUUUCCUGAAUACAUAUAAACAAAUGUCUAUG